GGGCCAGGACCCACGGGCCGGGCCGGCCUGGCUGGCCGGGCCGGAGCGCGGGGCGGGCGUGGGGCCCGGGCGGCAUGAGGCAGGCUGACCUCUCGCGCUCCUCCGCAGCCCGGAGCGCGGCCGACAGCGCGCGGCCGAGGCCAGGCAGUGCUUUGAAGACGGCUGGGCCUGGAUUCCGUGGCGUCGUCAGUUUAAAUGACUUUUGGAUGUGUAGAGAAGAUGUGUUUGGUGACUUGAAAAAUGUGUUUCCCAGUACGGGACAGCCCUAGCUUUCUGCGGGAUUUUUAGAUCAGUAUUGAAGCGAUCAGAUUUCAAGGGUUGGUGCAAUCAGGAAAGGAAGGGGCCGCUCGUCCACCAGCUUGACUUAGCUGUUCGCUUUGGGCGAGUUCUCCAGUGUCCGUUGACUGCUGAGUGGAAUUCAUGCCAGACCGUGUAGAGGUUGUAUUCUUGACUGAUGAACGGAGAUAGUGCCCGGAGCAAGUUUUCUGACCUUUAAGGAUGAUUUGGUAUAGUUAACCUCGUCUUUGACUAGAUUAAGACCUUUAUUGGUACUGUAACAAUACCAGCUUUAUUUACAGUGUUUUACAUAUUAGUUUUCUUGUGCAUACGUAAUCAUAGACAUGAUUUUGAAACUUCUUAGUUUGAAAUUUGGACACUAGGAAAACUAGUAAUAACCAAUGUUGAGUACUAGUAUUUUUUUUUUUUUUCAAAUCAGGCUUCUAAGUGGCCUUGAAUGCUUUAGCUCGUUUAAUCUUCAGGGUAACUGUUUUCAUAAGCAUGAGUUGCUCAAAAAUAUUUAAAUAUGUGAAUUUGAAUAUGUCCAGAUGUGGAAUAUGUACCCUUAUUAUCAGUUUCGUAAAAUAAGAGUAUUGGCAAUAAAUAAUGGUUUGUGGAGUAAAUUAGUGUGUUUUUCAAGUUGGAAGAUGGGUUUGAAACUAUUUGGAAAUUCAGUAGUUUCUCAAGCCCUGUAUCUCUUUUCCAUAUCCCCAUUAUAUAACAUUGUCACCUAGUAAACAGGGUACAGUAGGACAUAGGAAAAAGAUACAUUUUGGGAAAACCUUAAUGUCCUCUUCUUAAAUGGCCCCUUUACAUAUUUAAUUUCUGAAUGACUAAACAAAUGGCAUAAUAAAGAAUGAAGACCAGUUUUCCAAUACCAAAGUAGGAGCUGAAAAAAUAGUAAGCUGGAUGUUUGCUGGAGUCUUAUACAGUUUUAUUGAGCAUUAAUUGUUAGAGAAUGCUAGAUAAUCUGCACUGCAGGUGCAGUUUGACUUUGUCUUAGACAUUAUUCACUAUUGACCUAAUUACUUUGUGCAUUAAAGAAGUUAAGGUUUUGAAUGAAUUUAAUGAAGUCAUUGUGGCCUUUUUAAAUAAGGUUAUUUUGGAUAUGUUUACAAGGAUGCAGUAUAACUACUCAGGCAUAACAAUUCGAAGACCCAGAGAAUGCUGAUAGGAUGUAACCGGUUGUGGGUUGCGCCUUGGUAGUGAAAGGGUUGGAGAGGAGGUUGGGAAGAUGCUGGGAGGCCUGUGUUGUGAUCCAAAUCUUGUGACUUAGCUCGUGUCUGAAGAUCACGGUGGUCCCUCACUGGAAAGAGGGAAAGAUUGAGAAAGCUUUGCCAGUCAAUAUUACAAUAGACUUUCUUUCCCUGAAGGCAUUUUCUUUGCAGAGCGGAGAGUGGAGCCUGGGCAUCAGUGGGACAGUCUAGGCAGAAAAAGAUCCUUGUAUUUUCUUUUGAAGUGAAUACUUUGUGAUAGAUUCUUGCCACCACAUGCAUCUUUAGGUACUCGCUCAGUUUUGAUGUUUGUGGGAAGUCACUGAUAGAUGAAAUAAAAACAAGAAAAAGUGAGGAUAAAGAAUCCCCAAAGCACAAGAGUAUUCAAACAGUGCAUUACUGGACAUUCAUUUGGGCAAAAUUUUAGAAACUUUAAAAAGUCAUCCCUAUUAUACUGGCUGCAUAAGCUUCUAAAUCUCUUAUGUGUAUCAAGAAAUAUGUAUAAUAUCCCCUUAUUGUGUUUUGUAAGCAACAGAACUUAAUUAUUGAAUUAUUAUUGUAUUUCUUUGUGACUGUAGGGACCCCAUGGUGACCAUGGUAACAGUACUGGCUCCUGUCUGUAAGGCAUUGUUUCACCCAUGAUGUUUUCUGUGAUAGGAAAAUAAGCACUUGUCAUUCUUCACUUCAGAACUUGCCUUUCAGGCUGAGGAUCCAGCUCAGUGGUGCGGUGCUUGCCUAGUUUGCCCCAGGCCCUGGGUUCAUCCCAAAUACCACAAACAAAAUGAAAAAACUUGGCUCAUGUGUUGAGUGCCCUUUAAUUCCCCAAGUACAGGACUUUUUUUGUAUCCCUUGUAGGCAGGUGCACACCCCUAGAACAGAGCCUGGCCUGCGGGAGGUACUCAGUGUAUACUGUAUUUGUGAAAUGAUAGUGUAUGGGUACACUCUUACCUGUUUCCAUUUAUGAAGAGCCCAUGUACCUUCAGGGAUGGGACAAAGUCUGCAGCACAGUGAGCUCUUUGAACAUUCACUGUUUGUACUACACUCUUAUGUGACUUUAUAUUGCUACAUAUGUUGGUUCUUGUAGUGUUUCUCCAUUCACAAUAUGAGCUCCUCAAGGCCAAGUAUUUAGACCAUACUAUUUUUAACUGCCUUGGUAUCCUGGGUUUAUGUAUACAGAGUGGGUUUAAAUGUAUGGACUGACCAACAUGGAAACAUGGAAGAUAAAACCAUACAUAACCAAAAAAAAAAAAAAAAACCAACCAUACGUAACACAUUCUGUGGCAAACUUUGUGCCACUUAUGAAACCAAAUGAACAUUUGGCAGUAAAUAAAAUGUAAUAAUAGCAAGCAUUUAAAUGUGCCACCAUAUCCCAAGCCCCUUGACUUGUUUACUUGAAUCUCACAACAGCCCUUGAAGUAGGUACAAUUACCCUGUUUGUCAGAUGAGGCAGUGGAAUCACUGGCCGAAGAUCAUGACGCAGGUACUAAAGAGGCAGCAUGGCUCCCAUCAGUGGAGUUUCUCUGGGAAAUUUUAUUUUCUACUUCAAAGAAAGAGCUCACUAUUUACACUACAUUUAUAGCUGUAGAAGUUGUUUAUUUUUAAAAUUUCAAAUUAGCAUAUAAGUGCAGUGGCUCUAACCUGCAGAAGCAAUGGUGAAUUUUCCAGAUAGAAGAGGUUGAUGAGGCAACAGUCAAAGGGAUGCAGUACUGCAUGGGAUAGUGACUCAAGACAAGGAGAGAGGAGCUGAACUGAAUCUCAAGAGAUUGUAACUCUGUCUAGCUGUUGGGCUUUAGACAGUGAUUUACCAGAAUGCAGAACAGUGACUCUUCCUACUAGAGUCAGAACUAAUACUGGGUAGCAGGAGUGGCAUACAUAACCUGGAAUCCCAGCACUUUGGAGUCCUGAGACAGGAGGAUCACACAUUCAUGGCAGACUGGGCAAAUUAGUGAAUUAGGGACACCUUAUCUCCAGAUUAAAAAUUUAAAAAGUGUCUGAGAAUACAAAUUAGUGCAAAAGUUCAAACCCCAGUACUACAAAAUAAACCGGCAAACUAAAAACACACCUUAGGCCAAAUAAAAUAUUGAAUGGCAUUCAAUACGUUACUGCUUUUUGUUUUUAAAACAUUCAUCAGAUUUAAAAUACUAAUGCAAUAACCUCUCAUGAUAUAGGUGUUCCUGGUGACUUACACAUUUCUGUCCAUUUACAUUGUCCUUCAUAACACUAGGUACACUUUUUGACUUGUUUUGAACAGUAAGUGCUAUCAGGAUCAGAAGGCCUCUUCUUGCCAAGAGUUAGUGUAGAAUUGCGUCUUGCUUUAGUGACAGACUAGGAAUAAAGUCACUUUGAAGCCAUGUGGACUUAGAUGAGCACCUUCAAACAGUAUGCAGCAAGAUGAAUAGAAAUGAUAUUCUCCAGAAGCCCAGUUCCAUGUCCUUUUUGUCAUGAGGUCACUGUUACUUUGGAGGACUGGGAUAUCAGCAACCACUGAAACUAGAUGACUUCUGAGGCAGUAGACACAUCAUCGCCUGUGACCCAGGAAUCAGAAGGAAGUGCCCUUGAGUGAAGCACAGGCCACAGACCUGGUAGGAGCCAGGGUGGACACAAACUUUGCAGGCCUCUUACCUUGGAAACAGCACAGUUGGCUUCCAUGUCAUCUUUGAAUAUGAGAGAUAAUCCUAGUUUCAGCUAUCCUCAGUAGAGACCAGCAGACCAGGUUUAUUCCUGCAAGAAGUCUUCUCAAACAGCAACCAUUUGCAGAAGUAAAUAAUACCUGUGAGUGGACUGGAUGGCCUGAGGACUCGUUAAGAUAUUUGUGGAAGAAUAUUAAAAAACUGAAGAGAAGGAGGAGACAUCACAGCUUUCCCAGAUUGGGAGAAAAAAUAUGGAAUGUGUUUUACCGCUGACUGAACACAACCAAAUGAACUGUCCUGACAGUAAUUUGAAAACCAGCAGUUAGCAGUUUGUUCAGGCGCUAACACUGUCCAGCACUUUCCAGAGCAAGUUCACUGUUUACAAGAACUCUCAACCUUACGAAGCUUAUAACCCCAAGCUUUGUUUAUUCAAAAUAUUCUACAAAAGAAAAGUACCUGGGGCCUGUUUUCCAAAAUGGCCAUGGAGGAAUAUUUGUGGAUGGUCAUUUUGGGUUUUAUUAUAGCUUUCAUCUUGGCAUUUUCUGUUGGUGCAAAUGACGUGGCCAAUUCGUUUGGUACUGCCGUGGGCUCUGGUGUGGUAACCUUGAGACAGGCAUGCAUUUUGGCUUCAAUAUUUGAAACCACCGGCUCUGUUCUGUUGGGAGCCAAAGUAGGAGAGACUAUACGGAAAGGUAUCAUUGACGUGAACCUGUACAAUGAGACUGUGGAGACGCUGAUGGCCGGGGAAGUCAGCGCAAUGGUUGGUUCAGCUGUGUGGCAGCUGAUCGCAUCCUUUCUGAGACUUCCGAUCUCAGGCACUCACUGCAUUGUUGGCUCCACCAUAGGAUUCUCACUUGUUGCAAUUGGCACGAAAGGUGUGCAGUGGAUGGAGCUGGUCAAGAUUGUUGCUUCUUGGUUUAUAUCUCCACUGUUGUCUGGUUUCAUGUCUGGCGUGCUGUUUAUACUGAUCAGAAUGUUCAUCUUAAAAAAGGAGGACCCUGUUCCCAAUGGCCUCCGGGCACUUCCACUGUUCUAUGCUGCCACCAUAGCAAUAAACGUCUUUUCCAUCAUGUACACAGGAGCACCAGUGCUGGGCCUGGUGCUCCCAAUGUGGGCCAUCGCGCUCAUUUCAUUUGGCAUCGCUCUGCUCUUCGCCUUUUUCGUGUGGCUCUUUGUCUGUCCAUGGAUGCGGAGGAAAAUAGCAGGAAAAUUACAAAAAGAAGGUGCUUUAUCACGAACCUCUGACGAAAGCCUCGGUAAAGUCCAGGAGGUAGAGUCCCCUGUCUUCACGGAGCUGCCAGGCACCAGGACCAGCGAGGACGACAGCACUGUCCCUCUCACAGGGCCACCUGGAGAGACGUCAGGGGCCGCAGAGGGCCCCUCCACAGGGAGCCACCCCCGGGCCACCUACGGACGGGCACUGUCUAUGACUCACAGCUCUGCUAAGUCCCCAGUCUCCAACGGCACCUUUGGCUUUGAUGGCCACACGAGGAGUGACGGCCAUGUGUACCACACAGUACACAAGGACUCGGGACUCUACAAAGACUUGCUGCACAAAAUCCACAUAGACAGGGGCUCUGAGGAGAAACCGGCCCAGGAGAGCAGCUACCGGCUACUGAGGCGCAACAACAGCUAUACCUGCUACACCGCGGCCAUUUGUGGCCUGCCCGUCCAUGCCACCUUCAAGGCCGCCGAUGUGUCCACGGCCCCCGAGGACAGUGAGAAGCUGGUGGGGGACACCGUGUCCUACUCUAAGAAGAGACUGCGCUAUGACAGCUACUCCAGCUACUGUAAUGCAGUGGCAGAAGCAGAGAUUGAAGCAGAGGAGGGUGGCGUGGAAAUGAAGCUGGCAUCUGAGCUCACAGAUCCGGCCCUGCCUCAAGAGGAUCCUGCAGAGGAGGAAAAGGAAGAGAAGGACGCAGCUGAGGUCCACCUCCUGUUCCACUUCCUGCAGGUCCUCACUGCCUGCUUCGGGUCCUUUGCUCAUGGUGGCAAUGACGUGAGCAAUGCCAUCGGGCCCCUGGUAGCUCUGUGGCUGAUUUACGAGCAGGGUGCAGUCAUGCAGGAAGCAGCCACACCAGUCUGGCUGCUCUUCUAUGGAGGAGUUGGAAUCUGCACAGGUCUCUGGGUCUGGGGCAGGAGAGUGAUCCAGACCAUGGGGAAGGACCUCACCCCCAUCACCCCAUCCAGCGGCUUCACGAUCGAGCUGGCCUCAGCCUUCACAGUGGUCAUCGCCUCCAACAUCGGGCUGCCCAUCAGCACGACACACUGCAAGGUGGGCUCAGUGGUGGCCGUGGGCUGGAUCCGCUCCCGCAAGGCCGUGGACUGGCGCCUCUUCCGGAACAUCUUCGUGGCAUGGUUCGUGACUGUCCCCGUGGCCGGGCUGUUUAGCGCUGCUAUUAUGGCUCUGCUUAUGUACGGGGUCCUUCCGCACGUGUGAUCAUCUCCCAACCAGCGAGCUGCUAAAGAGUCGUCCUGCGCAAGUGUGCGUCACACGCCUGCCUUGCGGGCCGCUGCCCCCCAGGCCACAGCGGUGGCAGCAGAGCUCACAGAACUGCUGUACAUAGUACUGUGUACUACACUGCUCUUGAGGUGAUACAAGGUGGCACAGUCACUUAUAGAUUACAUAUACAUUGUGCACAUAGCAUAGGUAGCGUGUCAAAUAUACUCAAAAUGGGAGAGGAGAUUACUGCCUAGAAUUCAGUAUUAAUGAAUCAUGUACAUAAUGAUUUCAGUGGCAAAUGUUAAGGCUACAAAGGAAAGUGUGGGUUGGAAACAGUUUUUUUACAACUAUUUUCCCUUUUUAAUGUACACAAGAUGAGCGAGAUACACAAACAGACUUGGGCAAUUAUGCAUAGGGGCAGCUUUUGGCACUGGGACGAGGUCACCAGUGCUUUCAGAGGGAAGUGUGUUCAGAUGCUGUGUAUUACUAUUGUAUAAUAGAUAAUAGUUGCUUUUGUAAAUACAGUACUUAAAAUUGUAAUUUUUUUUUUAAUGGUGUGGUUCCCUUAUACCUUUUGAGCAGAGAAUUUUGGAAAGUACCAAAGAAGCAGGGGAAUAGUUUGCCAGUGUUAUGCCUCAUUUCAUCCGUCUCCCUUCCUAAGUUCACCCCCGAUGCCUGGGGAGCAGGACCAGCCGUGCCUCACAGCUGUGUCACCCUGGGUCCCCUGCCUCGUCCCACGGCAGUGCCAUGCUGCCACACCCAGAUCCCCUCAGCCCCCCCCCCCCCGUGGCCUUAUAUUGUCACCAGCGUGGAGAAGGUACUGGUGGAAGGAUGCGUGAGAAGCACUACAAAGCAAGUCCAGUUGCGUUCCUACCUGUCCUGCCCUGCAGCCCACAACACAGAAUUCUUGUCUCAGACACUAAAGUCGGCGAGGCUUUUGAUGCACUUUGACAUGGCAGAAGUCUGGAGCUCAGGGAAUAUUGGACAGCGCACUGGGUUUGAGGGUUUCCUGAGGCCUUUGCAUCCUGACGCGCUUCUGUAGCCCACUGGAUUCUUCCCUUCUGAUAGGGACAGGGAAGAAGUCUGACUAAUGUUAGAGCCUCAAACUAUGGAAAUGCUGCUAAAAUUUUUAUAUUGACAAACAUUUUCUUGGUACUUCAUUGUGAUUUUUCAUUAAUCAACCAUAUUAAAUUUAUAAUUUAAAAAAUGCCCCUCAUAA